AUGGAGUCCGGUACUUCAUGGACGAUCACCAGUACCAAGAGGAAGACUGCAAUGGUUACUCCAGAAUCUCGAAAGCGACAACGAGUGAACACCCGCGCCAAACCCACAUCUCGAACCGCGAGUCAAAAGACUUUGACGCAGGCACAGUGGAUGACACCUCAAUCCAAUCAACUUGCCAACGAUGAUAUGCUCGAGGAGAAUACUAGGUCCUUUACUCUCCCUAAAGCCAACCUUACACGGAGGCGACUUCUAAAGCGGGAAUCGACGUUGACCCAGAUGGACUUUUUCGAUAAUCGACCUUUAGACCCGGAAGAUUUAGAUGACCAGCCUUGGCCACAACCUAGUGGUGGCUCUGGCGAUGAGCCUCGACCUCUGCACCAAUUUGAUGGACCAUACAGCAGCCCGCGGCGGUCACGACCACGAAAGACGCCUCUUGAAGAGAAGCGGCCCUUGACCGUAAAGCAGAAUCCGGAAAGUCAAGAGUAUAGGCCUAGCCGCAGGAGGAAAAGGCCACUGCAAGACACGGAAGAAGCAAAACCCUCGAGUGAAAGGAGGACGUCACGCCGCAUCGCUUCCAAACAAGUCGUCUUCGAGGAUCCUGCGAAAAGCUUCGAAUACUUCAGUCAGGCACUAGCCACGCCUCCGAGUCAGCCUUCACCGAAGGUAGCUUCGCUUGAGAUCAAGGAAUCCCUCCAGACGGAUCAGGAUGGGGAGCAUACAGAAGGCCCAAUCGCCAUGCCCGCUUUACAAUCCUCACUAAGUCAUCUCCACACACCCACAGCAAAACGAGUGGUCAUUCUCUCAAGUCAAUCGCCGGAGAGUUUGCCUCCCAGCAUGCGAAAACGUGACUGUUAUGAUCUUCCCACUCCUGAUGUUUCGAGACGGACACCCUUGACUGAGCGCUCUAUCAAUGCUUGGCACAUUAGCCCGUCAAAACCAUCGCCUAAGAAGACUUUUAAGAAGCAUAAAAAGUCUCCUUCUUGGUCCUGGUCUCGACCCAAGAAGAUUGUCGUUCUCAAGCUCGCAAAGCGUCCACCUCAACCGGUCCAUCGAAUUGAAGACUCCCAGGAGAAUCUAUGGUCCAUUCCAUCGUCCUCGCAACAACAGAUGGAUGCCGCUUUAUUGCCACUGAUGCGACCUCCACCAAACACGAUAGGGGAUCUGAGUGACACUGAAAUCCCGGCCACUAGUCAAGGUCAGAAUGUGGUCUCGAGUCCACCCGUCAACGAUAUGCAAGACUCGCUUCCAAGUUUUAUGGAUAUCGUUGGGCGUCGCCAAAGCUCCAACCUGAGAAAUGCCAGCCAUGAGGAUGAGAACGCGCUUCCGCAGAGCUUCUCACAGGAUGACGUUAUUGACCGUGAGUAUGCGCCAAUUCCUGCUGAAACCGAAAUGACAGAGAUAAGCAAGUCCAAUCAGCAAGAACUCGAAGCACUACUUCCUGACCCAGAGCCUUUGCCAUAUGUUUCAGAACUAUUGGAUACAAUAAUAGUGGAGGACUCAGAAGCUGAAAGUCUCGACUCUCCUGUUAAAUUGAGGUUGAAGAAGACGACCCCAAAUGGCUCCUCCACGCCAAUGCCACCACCGAGGGAAGACUCCAGUAAUCAUGAGCAAGCAGCAUCACCCUCACCAUUAGCCAGAACUGUAGCUGGUCCAGUCUCACUAGAAAGAUGCCAAAGUCACCCAGUGAGCGAACCUGGAACACCACUGCCUUUACCUCAGUUAGUACCACAAUCUGCAACACCAAGACGACCCAUUGAGACCAUUAAUCGUCAUGAUACGGACGAAGUACAAUUGCCUCAAGCUCCAAAUCUGAUUCAUCGGACCAGCACCCAUAUUUCAACCACUCUGGUACCACUGAAUGACGUUGACACAGCCCCAUCAUCCUCCUCACUUCCAUCAACAAAAUCCAUUACACAGAAGUCUGUUAAUCCUGCGUCAAUGCCCCAUCCAUCUCAGAUGUCUACCCAAGAUGCUACCCAGGGGUUCUUCCCCAUGUCGUCUUGUCCACGGCCGCUACUUGACAGCUUCUACGAGGAUAGGAACGACAGGAUCACAAUCAAGGACUCUAGUUCUUACAGGGUAACGAUGAGUCAAUUGCCACAGCACAUAAACGCAACUCAAUCACAAUUGAACAUUGAUCUUGGAUUGGAUGAAGCCUUCAACAGCGAUGAUGAAGGAGAUAUUGAUCUGGACCCCCCAUCGACCGUAUCGCGUGAUGACCGUGAGCAAUUAAGCGACAUACAAAUUGAGAGGACGCCACCAAUACAGAGGACUGUCGAUGUCCUCCAGCAGGGAACCGACGCUCCCCACUUUCGACGUCCUGCUGAUCAGAAACGUAAUGACUCCCCAAUUCCAUCCUCACAGCAGUCCAUCUCGAUACCAUCAUCACCCAACCCGCCACCACUUAAAAAGAAGUAUGAUCCAAUCCCCGGCUUCGACAACGACACCCAGUCCAAUUUCACGCAGAACGGCCAUGUCACUGCCGCAUACAUUCACCGACAGCGUGAAGCGGGUGUUCUGGAGGACUGGUACAUUCCUGAGCCGUUCCAGGUGCCAGGCUAUACUAGAAGGAAGUAA